AGCCCAGCGUGGGCUGAGAGGCACCACAGCUCUGUCUGGAGAUGGUGUGCUAAGAAGGAAACACAGAAGUUCACAAAGAAGAUAAUUUUUCUUGGAUGAGAAGUGUGAACAGGAGCGCUGUUUGUCACCUUCAGCCAGAAUGUUGUCUCACAUCUGCCUGACCUGGGUUCUCCUGGUGCUGCUCACAGGCUCCACAGUAUCAGAAUCAAUUGUGAUAGGAGAGGUGGGGCAGGACAUCAGUGUGCCCUGCCGUUACAGUGUCUGGAACAGAGACAGCAUCACAUCCAUGUGCUGGGGCCGGGGCAGCUGCCCCAAGUCAAAGUGUUCCCGGCCCAUUAUCUGGACAGAUGGCUGGAGGGUGACAGAGCAGCACAGCAGCAGGUACCAGCUGAGAGGGGACCUGCACAGGGGGGACGUGUCCCUGACAAUCGUGGACGCCAGGGAAUCAGACUCUGGGACCUACUGCUGCCGUGUGGAGAUCCCAGGGUGGUUCAAUGAUCAACUGAUUAAUCACAAGGUUGUGGUGAGGAAAGCAAGGAUCUCUACUGCAAGUCCACACACUUACACCUCUGAACAGACCUCAGGUCCUGGCAGCACCAGGGAAUCCUCCUUCACUGUCACAAGGACCUGGCCACCGGUUUCUGCUUCAGAAGCUCCUCAGACUGCCUCUACUCCCUGCUCAGGCCCCUCAGACUGCCUGGAUGUGGCUGCAAGCCUGCAGAACGCAUCUGUGUCACUUCCCAGAGAGCAGCACCCAGAGCAUGGGCUCUACAUUGGGAUUGGCUCAUGUGCAGCAGUGCUGCUCAUCCUGAUUCUGGCUCUGCUCCUCUCUAAACAAUAUUUUUACAACAUCAAGAAGAUGGGUGGUUCUGCAGGCCUUGUUGCAUUUCAGAGGCCACGAGGUAUGGGAAGCCAUAGUGCCCUGGAAGAGGAGAAUCCUGCAGAGGAAAAUGUUUAUAUCAUGGACUGCUCAGGAAAGGAUAAGAUCUGGUUUCCUACUCUUCCACUCACUACCUGGGUGUCUCCAUCAGCCAGAAUGUCCCAUUUUGUGCUGUUUUACUGGAUGGUGAUACAGAUCUUUAUAGCCCCCACGGUGUGUGACAUGGUUGUCAGAGGGACAGAGGGACAGCCUGUGACCCUGCCCUGCUCCUACCGCGUGGCGCAGCGCAAGGACAUCUCCGACAUGUGCUGGGGCAGAGGCCGCUGCCCCAACUCCAAGUGCUCCAACAAAAUCCUGCACACCAGUGGCCCCACGGUGACGUUCAGGGUGUCUCAGAGGUACAGCCUGCGUGGGUCUGUUCCCUCUGGAGACGUGUCCCUCACCAUUGGGGCGGCCCAGGCGCAGGAUGCAGGCCUGUACUGCUGCCGCGUGGAGAUCCCCGGCCUCUUCAACGACAUCAAGCGCAACAUCCGGCUGCUGGUGGCCAGAGCCCCUCCAGUGACCACCACCACCACCACCAGCACCACCACCACCAGCACCACCAGCACCAGCACCACCAGCACCACCACAGAAGCUCCCGUUUUCUCCAUAUAUUUUACAGAAACAACUUCUGCUCCUCAAGCAACCUCUGAUCCCCAGCCAACAACAGAGACCACAGUCCUGCUGACAACCAGCCCCCUUCCACCUGCAACCACAGCCCCCCAGUCUCCAGCAGUAACUACAGGGGACACCUCUGCUCCCCCAACCAUUGCUGUUGGGACAGAAAAUGAUAUUUUUACUGAGACUGUGAUGGAAACGAGUUCGUCCCCAGAUUUUCCAACCACUUUCCAAGCAGCUGAUGUGACAACUGAAGAUGACAUGUUCUGCUCCACACUCCCUGGAAGCACAGAGGUGACCACUGAAUUGCCAGAUAAACUUCCAGCUGCAGAGGAAACCUCCACCUCUGUCCUGAUGGAGGAGUUGUCAGUCAGGGAGCUUUCAGCAAAUUCAGAUGGCAGUGCUGGGAAAUAUGAAGAUAGAGAAGAUGAGGCAAAACUUCCUUUUCCCAGCUCUGCCAUUGUCAUUGCCUGUGUCGUAGCGGGGUCCAUCCUUCUGGGCUUGUUGGUUUGGAAACGUAAACAGACAAAGAAGUUUAUAGUGAAAAGUGCUGGACCACCAGAAGAGACUGACAAAGCUUUCAGUGGUGCUGAAGGAGAAAACAACAUUUUUUCCCUGUGAAGAGCUCCUACAUCACCUGCAGAUGCCAUGGGAAAUAAAAAGGGCCUGAUCCAUGCUGCACUGAGAGAUACUUGUGAGCCCUCAAAAUAUCAGCGGGUAAAAAACAAAGGCCAAAGCUUCAACCAUGAAAAUUUGAAAUCUUUGUGCAAAUUUUCCCAUAUCACCCUUAAAACUCACUGCAUAAAGAAGCUUAUUUGAGAAGGGGCUUUAUACAUUAUUCAUGGAUGCUUCUGGCAUCUGCCUUCCUACUAUCACAUGUUGCACAAUUGAAUUUGUUUUUCUCCAUUUUUACUAAUGCUCUUCCUUGAGUAUAACUUGUACUCUGAGGAACAGAAGAGAUCACAUGGAAGGCUGACUAUCUUCAAAUUGCCAUGAAGAAAGAAAAGGAAUCGUAAAAUACAGAUUUUAAUGCUUUCAUGUAAUCAACAGAAAAAUUAAGCAACAAGAAUGCUGUGAGUUUAAAUCAAAAAUGCAGAUUACUUAAGGGGUAUCACUACUGCCUGUGAUUCAGCAUGUUUGAAUAACCCUUGGAGAAUAUGUUAAUAAACUCUGUAA